UUUGAAAAAAAGUUGGGAAUAACGAGCGUUGCGAAAAUGGGCUGGAAUAACAAAGGCCCCGUUAUUUUACAGGCCUGGCCCAGAAUGUUGUCCACUUUCCCAAAACCCACUCUUCUCACCCUCAACUUUCUUCAACAUCCACUCUCUCUUCACUUCAGUUCUCUCCCAUUCCAAUUUCAAUGGCACCACCACUAACAGACUCGGAACCAGAAUCUGAAGCGCUGCGCCUCAAGGCCAUGGCGGAGUCCAAGUUCAAAGCCUCAAACAACGCCAAAUCCGCUCUCAAAUACGCGAAGCGCGCGCAGCGUCUGUGCCCGCACCUCGCCGGCGUGUCGGAGGCCGUUACUUCGCUCACUGUCCUCGCCGCGCCGGACUGGUAUAGUGCGCUGGGCGCUGAGCCCUUUGCAAACAGCAGCGUCAUUCGGAGACAGUACAAGAAGCUCGCGCUGCUCCUCCACCCCGACAAGAACCCCAACGUGGCGUCGGAGGAGGCCUUCAAGCUCGUCGGCGAGGCCUUCCACCUCCUUUCCGACCGGAGUCGCCGCCGAGAGUACGACGCCGAGCUCCGACGGAAGAUCAAGGCGGAGAGCGAGACGUUUUGGACCGCCUGCUCCACUUGCAGGCUCCUUCACCAGUUCCAGAGAAAGUAUAUGGGUCAAGAAUUGGUGUGUCCGAGUUGUGAGAAGAGUUUUAAGGCUGUGGAAACGGUUCAGAGUGAUGGGGAUGGUGAUGGGGAAGGUAGGGUUAGGAGUAGGAGGUUGAAGUUGAAAGAGAUAAAUAAAAAGAAGGAGAAAAUUGGUGUGGAAGGGAGAGUGGAUAAUGAAGUGGGGGAUGAGAAGGAAGGGAAAUUGAGGAAGAGAAUGCGUUCAGUUGGGGAGGUGUUGGAGAGGUCCAAACCUAGUAAAAGGGUUAAAAAUGGGGAGGAAAUGAUGACAUUAGCUGAAUUUCAGACUGAGGUGAGGAGGAAGUUGCAGGAAAAGAAGUUGAAGGAAAAAGAAAAGGAAAAAGAAGAUGAUAGAAUUGAGACGAGAACCAGCCAGGGGGAGAGGCGGCGGGCAUUGAAAAACUUUGAAGGUUUAGAAAAGGAAAAGGAGGAUGAUAGAAUUGAGACGAGAAACAACCAGGGGGAGAGGCGGCGGGCAUUGAAAAACUUUGAAGGUUUAGAAAAGGAAAAGGAGGAUGAUAGAAUUGAGACGAGAAGCAACCAGGGGGAGAGGCGGCGGGCAUUGAAAAACUUUGAAGGUUUAGAGGUUGGAGAGGGGAGGGCUUUGAAGAAGAGUGCGACGCUUGCGAUUGAGGAGAAGCGUGUGGGUUUAUCGAAGAGGAAGGGGUUGAGAUCUGCGAGGCAUAGGGAUUCUGAUAAAGGGGAGUUGGAAAAUAUGGCGGUGGUGGAUUCAGAUUUUUAUGAUUUUGACAAAGAUAGAGUGGAAAGGAGUUUUAAGAAAGGUCAGCUGUGGGCAGUGUAUGACGAUGACGAUGGAAUGCCAAGGAAUUAUGCCUUGAUUGAUGAAAUUCUUUCACUGAAUCCUUUUGAAGUGAGAUUAAGUUGGUUGGAUGUACAGAUCAGUGGGGAUGGGAGGAUAGUUAGUAGGGAGAAAAUGGGGUUUCAUAUACCUUGUGGGAGAUUUAAGGUUGCCAGGAAGACUUCGGUGAAUUCGGUAAAUAUAUUUUCCCAUGUUGUGGAUUGUGACCGGGCAGCACGUGAGCUUUACAAAAUUUACCCCAAGAAAGGCUCAGUAUGGGCGCUGCAUGGCGAGGGAAGUAUUGAUGCAGAGGAGCGCAAGAGAUGCUAUGACAUUGUUAUAUGUCUGACAAGUUACAAUGAGGCAAAUGGUCUGAGCAUGGCGUAUCUUGAGAAGGUUGAUGGUUACAAGACAGUAUUUAGGCGGCAAGAGAAUGGGAGUGGUGCUAUUAUAUUUCUUGGGAAGGAUGACAUGUGCUUAGUUUCUCAUCAGAUUCCAGCACGGAAGCUUAUUUGUGAUGAAACUCCUGAACUGUUGAAAGACUGUUGGGAACUUGAUCCCGCCUCACUUCCUUCAGAUUUACUUACUAUUGGUGGCAUUGAUAAUUGAGGUUAGACAAUCCUUUUUGCAACAGACUCAGAAUUUUAAAAGACUAGUUGGGAGUUGAUUGUUGAUGACUUUGAAAAUACUUACUUUUGGGUGGCUAAGAUUGAUGGCCUUGGAAACUUUUGUACAACAAAGAUAAGUUUAUUAGGAAACCUGACUGCUUUGUAAAGCUUGACUUUUUUAAAUCUGUAGAUUAAAGAUAUAUUCUGUUGGAUUAACCUUUUUGUCAGCCAGCACUAUAAACUUGUUACAUGUCAUAGUCGUGUCGUGCUAAUGCUUAUUCAGCCUCCUCCACUGAUUGAGGUAAGUUUUAGGGAAGUGUUCAUUUAUUAAUUUAAUACAUCUGAAAGAAGUCCAUGUUUUACUAUAUGACAGACUAGUAACAUUUAAGACUUGGUAAUUUUCUUUUUUAUGUUUUAA